ACAAGGGCAUAUGUACUUAAGUAAAAGGCGAUGCCAAACGCGUGAGUGACAGGGGCCCAUCUGGACGCCGGAGACGACGACACCGCCUCAGAGGGACUCGAAUGUAAUGUUUCCGCCAGAAGGUAUGUACCUCAUGUUGACCCCAUGUGCUACUGUCGUCGCGAAAGUCCCGGCGUAUCUGGAUACUCAAGAACGAGCGUACUCGCCAUUGCUCACCACCCUCCGGACUUCAACUCCCGGAUGCUGCCCAACAUCUCUGUAUUUUGCCAGUGUGCCGUGGAGCCACUCGACGCCCACCUCCAUGAAACGCAAUAUCCUGACCUCGCAGAAUCCUGACCUCGCAAAAUCCUGACCUUAAGAUACAUCCUCUACGUGCUCGGAACCGGGAUGAUAGGGCCCGCCCUUAGCACAGCUUCAACGUUCGCUCACUGAGGCUAUCCUCGGAGUGUGUUUCACCCAUGGACUACUGCCGAACGAGGUUGAUUGAG